AUGGUUCAAGAGGAAAACAUCAGAAAGGGCCCGUGGACAGAGCAAGAGGACUUCAACCUGGUGUGCUUUGUGGGCUUGUUUGGAGACAGACGUUGGGACUUCAUAGCUAAGGUAUCAGGUUUGAACAGAACAGGUAAGAGUUGCAGGUUAAGAUGGGUUAAUUACUUGCACCCUGGCCUCAAAAGAGGCAAGAUGACCCCUCAAGAAGAGCGCCUGGUGCUUGAGCUCCACUCCAAAUGGGGAAAUAGAUGGUCAAGAAUUGCUAGAAAAUUACCUGGGAGGACAGAUAAUGAGAUUAAGAAUUACUGGAGGACUCAUAUGAGGAAGAAGGCACAAGAGAAAAAGAGGGCUGCAUCCCCAUCAUCAUCUUCUUCCAACUGUUCUUCAUCCUCAAACAUCACCUCAACUGACGGAGGAGCAAGCUUUUAUGACACAGGUGGGCUUGAAAUCAAGGCAUCAUCAGGAGCAAAGAAAACUGGUGGAGAUCAUCAGGAGCAAGAAGAUGAUAAAAAAAGGGACCAAAAGGAGUACUCACUUGAUGAUAUAUGGAAGGAUAUCAAUCUGCCAGAAGUGAACAGUAUUGAACCAGUUUACAAUGGCUAUAGUGCAGAAGCCUGCAACAUUAUUUCUUGCCCAUUAAUGGCUUCUCCAGCACCAUGGGAGUAUUGCUCUGACUCUCUAUGGGAAAUGGAUGAAGAGGAAAGUAAGAUGCUUCUCCCAACUACAAGUGACCAAUUUCUGUCCUGUUUUGAAUAUGGAAAAGCAUCUCUAACUGGCUGA